AUGGCCAUUGCAGAUCUUUUGGGAGUCCAAUUCGACAUGCAGCUGCUGCUCAAGAUGAGUCUUUCUGUAGCGACAGUGCUUCUGGUGUCGUUGGCCUACAGGUUCUACAGCUCCAGAUACACCAAUGAAAGCCCUUUGCAGGAUAGCAAAGCACCACCGGCGUGCCAGAGGUGCAAGAAGACCCUGCAGGGCACUGGCACUGAUGACAAACAACUCAGACCUCUGCUCGCCGAGGAUCCGUUACCUGACCCUACUAUAAAAACACAGGCAGAAGCUAAAGACCAUUGUAACAUGAAAAAGAACGAGGUAGCCAGUGCAAAAGGCAGACGGUCCCCUUGCUUUUUGAAGAAGUUGGAGGGCUGUACGGGUGUGGGGAGGGAGCUGAGACAGGACUUGGAGCGACACGGGAUCUACUCGACCUUCCUCUCCAAGGCGGAGAUCAGUGUGGAAGAUGCCAAGCUGGUAGUGGACGGUUCAGAAGAACAGAUUGUGCGUGGGAAGAUAUAUGAGUACUACGUGGAGACUUCUCACUUUUCCACAGAUCAGAACACCCAGUUGGGUAAGGACGAGAAGAAAAUCGAGUUCCAAGAGUGUGAAAGAAAUCGCAGCAUGACGGAUUCUCUUUCCUCUGUAGACCCUGACACCACUGAUGAAGCCUGCUAUCUUGAGAACCAAAAGCGAAGGUCCUCCACAGGGUCUGUACCCUUACGGAAGCAAAGCUAUUUGGCUGCUGCGGAGCAGUCAGAACUGCCAAGUUCACUUUCUCCCUCAGGGGGCUCAACCAGCACCAGCCCCCUCGAGGUCAGCCCUUUCCCAAACAAUACAUGCCUCAAUGUGAGUAAUGUAUCUCAUGUAGAAGCUGGACCAGGGAGUCCUUUGUCAUACCUUUCAGCUAAAACUCCAGAUUUUGAAACCCUAAGAAAUCAACUGAAUUUGGGGAACUGUUUAGAGGCACUUUUCCUUGCCAAAAGACAUGGACAGAGCUCUGUGGAGCAAGCAGCCCUCACCGUCAUGUCCGAUAACUACCUCCAGGUCCUCCAAGAUGCCGACCUUUAUGGGCGGCUCACCAAUGCUGAGCGGGAACAAAUCCGGAGGCAGCGAGCAAGAGGGAGAAGAUUCAUUAUGGUGGCAGAUGUGGACCCUCAAGACUGGUCAAAGAACACCGCAGGGAUGAGAAGAAUGUUGAGCGCUUUGCACUAUUACAACGACGGUGUCGACGCCUGGCACACCCUUUGCCCUAUCCCACAGGAAGUCAUCAGCAAAGCCUGCGCCAUGUGUACGAUGGAUAAUUACUUAUUUGUCGCAGUGGGAUGCCAAGCCACAGACAGUGAAAUGAGUCCCUCCAAACGAGUGUUUUGCUACAAUCCUUUGACAGAUAUUUGGAAGGAGAUCAGUCCCAUGAAUGAAGCCAGGCCUCGCUGUAAACUGGCAGCACUGGGUGGCUACAUCUAUGCCAUCGGGGGAGAGUGCCUUUCCUCAGUGGAGCGCUACGACCCGCGUUUGGACAGAUGGACUUUUGUGGCGCCUUUGCCUAACGAUACAUUCGCGGUGGCCCAUCAUGUGACGGUGUGCAACGGAGAGCUGUUUGUGUCCGGAGGGAGUGUCCGUUACAUGCUGAUGCGCUACAGCCCCAAAAUGGACACGUGGAGGGGGAGUCUGCUGGCAAGCGGCAAAGACAGGACCGUGGACAUGGUGGCUGUGGGAUCUUUUCUGUAUCGUUUUGAAGUCAACUCUGUGCUGGGAGUCAGCGUGUACCGCUACCACACGGUGGCCCGACUGUGGUACGAGUGCGGCACCAAACGGCUGCCACGAUGCCCUGCCUUCCAGUGUGUGGCGAUGGGCGACACGGUCUACUGUGUCAGUCGGCACUUUACCCUGACAUUUGAGGCCGAUGAGAUCUCCCCUGCUUUCACAGAGGACACUUGGACUGUCCCCCCUGCAGGCACGGGCCGACUUGUCCCCUUUGUCUUGUCACUCCCGGAUAGGAAGCCUCUCCAGACCAGUGUGUAGCGCAGAUUCAGUUUUGUAGGGAUGAUACAUCAAGUUGCUUUUUGACCAUGACUGUUGCUAGCUACGAGGUCCUAGAGGUGCAGAGUCAGACCUAACAUAUGCACGCUUAGUCUUGAGUGUCGGGUGGAUGGAUUGUGUUAACAUUUUACAUGCUCAACUCUACAUCGUUGAUGUUUAAUCCUCAAAAGUCGGACAUUAUUUAUUAAAAGGGUCAUACCGUGCAUUUCUUUUUUUCAACAUUUAAAACACUUUGUUGUUGUAAUGGUGGUUCUUGGGUGAAAGAUUUGCCUAGAUUUAGUUUUACGGACCUACUUUCAAGCCAUUUUUUUUCUUUCUUUUGAAACCGAUUGUUUUGAGGGAUGCAAGAUGCAAAUGAACCUGUCCUUACCACGGCUAAUAACGGUGAGUGUGCGUUCGCCCCCGCCAGGCAGAAAGGGUUUGAAGUUUUUAGCUAUGGACAUAGAUGACCACCACAACAUAACAUCCCAGAUGAUAUAGCUAGACUACCGGCUUACCGUGGUUGGUUUUCGGCACCAAGGAAGGAAGCAAAGAAAGGGAGGACGACAGAGGAAGAAAGCCCAGCUGACGUACAGGUCUGGAACUAUGCAUGCUGGCUAAGGUGCAAUUUCUAUGGAG